CGGAGUCCUACAAGCCAAAAGUUGUUAUUGUGACAAUGCUGGGGCCAUCCUGAUUAGGGCUGUUUGUGUCACUCCUUCAUGUCCGCUCUCUCACUUCACUUUUCUUCGUUUUCUGGGGCACCAGUGUUUGUUCAUUUUUACUGAAUCUCUCCACUCUCUCUGUCCGCCAGAUAUCAGAUAUCAGGGUGCCUCUGGACAUCAUGUCUACCACAACUGGGGCCUUUAUCGCUGGUGGCAUCGCCGCCUGCGGAGCCGUCACCGUGACGCACAGUUUCGAAACCGUGAAGAUCCGAUUACAGCUUCAGGGUGAGCUACAGUCGAAGAAAGAGGCAGUUCGCAAAUACAGGGGUGUGUUGCAUGGUGUGAAGGUGAUUCUGCAGAAUGAAGGUCCUCGCGGGCUGUUUCGUGGGAUUGGGUCCGCUUACGUUUAUCAAAUCCUCCUAAACGGAUGUCGUCUGGGCUUCUACGAACCGUUGCGACAAGGCCUUACCUCCGUCCUGUACAAAGACUCCGCUUACCAGUCGUUGGGUAUCAACAUCUUCUCCGGUGCAGCAUCCGGAAUUCUCGGAGCAGCAGCGGGCUCCCCCUUUUUCCUUGUAAAGACAAGGUUACAGUCCUUCUCUCCGUUCCUACCCGUUGGAACACAGCACCAAUAUAAGAACUCUUUCGAUGGGCUUCGACAGAUCCACGGCAAUGAGGGUAUCACAGGCCUUUACCGCGGAGUCGGCGCUGCUAUGGUUCGUACCGGAUUUGGCAGCUCGGUUCAGCUCCCAACCUACUUCUUUGCGAAGAGGCGGUUGAUCAGGCAUCUCGGAAUGGAGGAUGGUCCAGGACUGCAUUUGGCGAGUAGUGCAUGCAGUGGAUUCGUUGUUUGCUGUGUCAUGCACCCCCCAGACACCAUCAUGUCAAGAAUGUACAACCAGACGGGUAAUUUGUACAAGGGAGUGUUCGACUGCCUGUACAAGACCGUCACCACCGAAGGUGUUCUCGCCAUCUACAAGGGAUACUUUGCUCAUCUAGCGCGUAUCUUGCCACACACCAUUUUAACUUUGACUUUGGCCGAACAAACCAACAAGCUUAUGCGGCGAUUUGAGUACCGAUUUAUCCCCGAAUCGAUCAGGGCUAGGAUAUAAAGCCUUUGCAAUCUAAUAAUGAACUAUAUCCGUAGCAUGUCCAUCUUGUUCUUUUGCUUUUCAUGCACUCAUCUUGUUGAAUAUCCCGGGCGUUCACAUGGGAAGGAUAAGCGAUAGAUUUACAUAGAGGGUGUCAAUUUAUUCAGGUUUGUUGACUGAGCCAAAUUUGUGUGAAUUGUGAAGACGCCCCUUUCCCUAGAUUCCGCAUUGAGAUAAUUGACAAG